UAAAAAGGUAACAGAUAUUGACCUAACGUAGAAAACAAGUAACGAAUGCUAAUUUGGAACUAGAAAAACCAUUUCAGUCUAGAAUGGCUUUUGAUGAUAUUCUUAAAGAAAUAGGAGAGUUCGGACUAUAUCAGAAACGGAACUAUAUGUUAUUAGCCUGGGUGUAUCUAUUUGAUCUUCCUAUACUGGUUUUAUCUGUCUUUGUCAUGGGAAUUCCAGAUCACAGGUGCCAGAUUCCCAUUCUAUAUAACGACACUUAUACAGUUCAGGGAACACAACAUCAAACGCUUAUUGACCAAUAUAUACCUUUAGACAAAGAUGGUGAGUAUGACAAGUGUUCCCUGUAUGAUAUCAGCCAAUCAGCAACGGAGUUUGACAACGAAAGCCGACCAAUCAACGCCACCAAAAUAAAAUGUUCAGCUUGGGUUUACAGCGAAGAGGUCUUUUAUGAUACAUUUGUUACAAAGGAAAAUCUGGUUUGCGAUGAUAAAUAUAAAAUUUCGCUGACAAAGACGAUUUUCUUUGCCGGUGUUUUGACGGGGUCCUUCGUGUUCGGAAUGAUAUCAGACAUUUUGGGACGUCGGAAGACCCUUCUCAUUGCAAUCCUGCUUGAACUGUCGUCAACCCUCGCUUUGGCCUGGUCCUAUAAUUACGUCACGUAUGUCAUCCUACGUUUCUGUACAGGUGCUGCGUGCGUUGGAAUGUUUAUGACGUCAUAUGUUUUAGGAAUGGAAUGGGUUGGUCCCACCACAAGGACCUAUGCCGGUUUGAUUAUAGCCUUCUUUGGUCCAGUAGGGGAGCUCUAUUUCAUCCUCGUGUCCUAUUUUGCUCGGAAAUGGUUCUGGAUAAUCAUUGCUGUGGCUAUUCCCUUUGGAAUAGAUGCAAUAAUUUGGUGGUUCAUUCCCGAGUCACCGCGUUGGCUUUUUAGUCGAGGGAGAAACAAGGAAGCCGCCAAAAUCAUAGAAAAGGCCGCAAAAUACAACAAAAAGGAAAUUUCUCCAAAGAAGCUCGAGGAUGUUGUGAUAGAGAAAAGAGAAGCUGGAAAGAUAUGGCUCUUGUUUUCAGACAGGCGGCUUGGUAUCCGAACAGUUAUUAUAUUUUAUAACUGGAUGGUGGCUAGCAUGGUGUUCUAUGGCCUCUCUCUUAACACAGGGAUUCUUUAUGGAGACUAUUAUAUUAACUUUCUCAUCGUUGUGCUGGUGGAGUUUCCAGGCCAUGCAUUACCUCUGUUUAUGAUUGAUAGAUUUGGCAGAAAGAAGAGUCACUUUAUCUAUAUGGCUGUCGGUGGCAUUGCCUGUCUGAGCACAAUUUUUACCGUUACCUAUGGAGGAAAAGAUCUACAAAUCCUCACCACGGCUUUGGCGAUGGUCGGUAAGAUGUUCGCUACUGCUGCGUUCGCCACUAUAUACGUCCUCUCUGCAGAGCUGUUUCCCACCGCCAUAAGGAACGCGGGGAUGGGCUCCAGCUCCUGUUGGGCUCGAGUUGGAGGGAUGAUUUCACCAUUCAUAGCAGACACGGCCGAUUUAGUAGGCGGAAGCAGUGGCACAGCAGUACCACUGGUGAUAUUCGGAGGGGCGUGUCUCAUUGCGGCGGGGCUUACCCUCCUUCUUCCUGAAACGCUACAUCAGCUGUUACCAGAAACCAUCGAGGAUGGAAAGAACUUUACAACAAAAGAAUACAAAGAACGUUCAAAACAAUACAGAAUUGGACUUACAAAGGAGAUAGAAGUCACCAAAUUUUAAAACUCUUUAUAAUUUAGAAUACUAGUAUAAUAGAGUUGUAUUCAUAAAUAUUAGAAUGAUGCAUUACAUAUGCAUACAUGUACAUACCUUUUUUAUAUGUAGAAGUAAUAUAAUUUACCAAGACAGGGACAGAAAAAAGAUUGAAGCAUAGUUUUAUGGAUUUAUUUUUUCAUUAAUCAUAGGAUGGAAGAAAUGAAAAGUUAAAUAAAACGAUAAAAUACGAAUAUUGUUUAAAUUA